AUGUCAGGACGACUUGGUGCUAUUGCAAUACCAAAAAAUCGUUUUAACGAAGUUAUUGAACAUCUUAGAUUCAAUUUUUUUGCUGAUGAACCACUUAAUAAUGGUGUUGGUCUAUGUAAAAAAGGUGAAGCACAUUUGGAACUUGAAAAUCAUUGUAUGUAUACAUUAAAACAAGGAUAUUCAAGAAUGCUUGUUACUGAUGAUGGAGUGAUUGCUGGAUUAGCUCUCAAUGGAAUAUCUAAAAAUUGUGAACGUGAAGAAAUAGUACGUCGUUUAUCAGCUCUUGAUGAUGAAAAAUUUAAAAUAAUAUUUGGCCUUCUUUAUCAAGUUAAUGAUAAAAUUGAUUUAUAUGAUAAAUAUCAUACUGAUGAAUUAUUUGAAUGUCGUAUAUUAAGUGUUGAUGAAGAAUUUCGUGGUCAAGGUCUUGCAAAUAUAUUAAUUGCUGAUACAAUCAACAUUGCAAAACAUGCUGGUUUCAAGGUCUUCAUCAUAAUAAAACUGCAUUGUCCUGCAUGACGAUCAGAUAAUCCAAUAAUUAAAAAUUUCCUUAUUCCUUAAAAGUAUUUAUUCUUUUGUCAUUUACUUUUUUUUUUUUUCUUCAUCUUUAUGAA